AGAAUAGUAGAAAUAAAGAAUCCCAAUUCUCAAACACCCAAACCCUGGGUUUUAUUACCUGCAACUCCAUUUUCUCUAGAACCCUCUAACUCGCGCACCUUCUCUGCUUCAACAAUGGCGACCGUUAUGCAGAAGAUCAAAGACAUCGAAGAUGAGAUGGCAAAGACCCAAAAGAAUAAAGCAACCGCACAUCACUUGGGAUUACUGAAGGCUAAGCUUGCAAAAUUGAGAAGGGAGCUUCUCACACCCACAACAAAGGGCGGUGGUGGUGCUGGUGAAGGUUUCGAUGUUACAAAGAGUGGUGACGCAAGGGUUGGUCUUGUGGGUUUCCCUUCUGUUGGGAAAUCAACGCUUUUAAAUAAGUUAACUGGCACUUUCUCAGAGGUUGCUUCAUAUGAGUUUACUACCCUCACCUGCAUUCCAGGUGUUAUCACAUAUCGAGGAGCUAAGAUUCAGUUGUUGGAUCUUCCUGGUAUUAUUGAAGGUGCUAAGGAUGGAAAGGGUAGAGGAAGGCAGGUUAUCAGCACCGCCAGGACAUGCAACUGUAUCCUGAUCGUACUGGACGCAAUAAAGCCAAUAACACACAAACGUCUGAUCGAAAAAGAGCUUGAAGGGUUUGGCAUUCGGUUAAAUAAGGAGCCUCCGAAUCUAACAUUCAGGAAAAAAGAAAAGGGUGGGAUUAAUUUCACAUCAACGGUUGCUAACACACAUCUGGAUCUCGAAACAGUGAAGGCAAUAUGCAGUGAAUAUAAAAUACAUAAUGCUGAUGUCACUCUUAGGUUUGAUGCAACCGCCGAUGACCUCAUAGAUGUUAUUGAAGGGAGUAGGAUAUAUACUCCUUGCAUAUAUGUCGUCAACAAAAUAGAUCAGAUAACACUUGAAGAGCUGGAAAUAUUGGAUAAACUUCCUCACUACUGCCCUGUUAGUGCUCACUUGGAAUGGAACCUUGAUGGUCUGCUAGAAAUGAUAUGGGAAUAUCUCAAUUUGACUCGUAUUUACACAAAACCCAAAGGGAUGAAUCCGGACUACGAGGACCCUGUAAUUCUUUCGUCUAAAAAGAAAACCGUUGAGGAUUUCUGCUUUAGAAUUCACAAGGACAUGCUUAAGCAGUUUAAGUAUGCAUUGGUAUGGGGUUCUAGUGCAAAACACAAGCCGCAAAGAGUUGGCAAGGAACAUGAACUUGAAGAUGAAGAUGUUGUGCAGAUCAUAAAGAAGGUUUAAAACUCAAAACCGACAAAGCUUUUAGUCAACAUAUUAUUCGGAAGUGAGUAUACAAGCCAAUUUAGGACACUGUCCUAUUGAGUCGGGGAAGUUGCAUGUUAGGUUUAUCAAAUGCAUUGAGUGGUUUCUUUAGCUUGGUUUGUUCACUGGAUGCUGAUGUGUGUCUAAACAUUUUGGUUUAGAAUUCUUUAAACUUUAUUUAUACUCUUUGAACCAAUUUUUCAAGUAAUGUUUGUGGUACAGUAUCAAAUAUACAAGUGAUCAUAUUUGGGUCAAACACGUUAUGCGGA